GACCACAAGUAUUUCCAAUCAUAUCCACCAAUGCAUACUAUUAGGACUGCGAUAUUCGAACUCAACUGGUGAUAUCAGAUUUGAGUGUCCACCAGGGCGUAUUGGAUAGCAGUAAUCGACAUCUCAACCAACUGCCCGCAUCGAUUUGAGUUAUCGCGGGGUAAAGAAAGAGUCUGUCAAUACAUUCGGCAUCCAAACACCUCACUCCUUUCUCUGUAGAUAAACAUCGGCAAUGCCUUUCUCCCAUCACAGUCACUCCGGGCAAUUCUGCCCGGGGCACGCCAAAGACUCGCUGGAGGAGGUCAUCCAGCUCGCCAUCCAAAAGAAAUUCCAGGUCUUCUGCCUGACCGAACACAUGCCGCGGGGCAAAGAGGAUUUCUAUCCCGAAGAGAUUGAAGCGGGCAACACGGAGACUAGCCUGGUUGCCAACGAAGCCGCGUACUUUCAAGAAGCGCAACGGCUGCGCGAGAAGUAUGCAGACCAGAUCAAGAUCCUAAUCGGCUUUGAAAUCGACUGGAUCCGUCCGGAAUCCCGUACGCUCAUCGAGGCGUCCCUGGCGCGUCACCCCUUCGAGUUCUUCAUGGGCUCUGUCCACCACACGCUGACGAUCCCCAUCGACUACGACCGGGAGAUGUACGUGCAAGCGCGGGAUCUGGCCGGCGGCACGGACGAGCAGCUCUUCCAGGUGUACUUCGACGAACAGUACGAGAUGCUCCGACAGCUGAAGCCGCUCGUCGUGGGACAUUUCGAUCUCAUCCGGUUGAAGAGCGACGAUCCCGAGCGGAGCUUUACCCAGUGGCCUGCCGUCUGGGAGCGCAUCCUGCGGAAUCUGGAUUUCGUCGCCUCGUACGGCGGGCUGUUGGAGUUGAACUCGGCUGCGCUGCGGAAGGGCAUGAAGGAGCCGUAUCCCAAGGCGGAGAUUUGCAAGGAAUUUCUGGCCCGGGGAGGUCGUUUCUGUUUGUCCGAUGAUAGUCAUGGACUCGACCAGGUGGGUUUGAACUUCCAUCGUGUGCUAGCCUUUGUGGAAGACGUGGGCAUCUUGACGUUGCAUUACCUGGAUUUGGCGGAUGAGCCGGCCGUCGACGAGCGUUUUCCGCGGACGCAGAUUCGGUCGAUUCCGUUGGAGGAGCUGAAGAAAUUGGCAUUUUGGCAGUAGACUAUGGAAUUUGCGAGGCGUCGAUGUUAUAUCUAGAGAUACAGUUAUGCAUAUCUGGCUGGAGCCAUACCGAGCUACCAUCUGUAGCUACUUAUCAAGUUGUUUCAUUUUGCUCAGUGAGCCUUGGAUAUGAUUAUGAUAUUCUAUGAACUAUGGCCCUCGCCACGACUGUUACG